AUGAGCAAGAUGUCUACCCUCGCGAAGGCGAGGGACAAGGUCCUGUCCAGACGCCAAAUCGAAGGCAUGAUUGCGGAGAACCAUCUCAUUAUUAUCGUCGAUGAUAAAGUGCUGAAACUUGAUGCCUGGGUCAAAUUCCACCCUGGAGGUGAUUUAGCCAUCCGACACAUGAUAGGCAAAGAUGCCACAGAUGAAGUGAACGCGCUCCAUUCAUCAGAGGCACGCCAGCGCAUGAACAAAUUCCAGAUCGGUCGCAUUGAGGGACGAUGGAAGAACUUCAUUCCUCCUAUCCAAUAUGGAGAGUUCCGUCCAUACAUCGAGCAAGAAGAUGAGCGUCCCUCCACUCCCAUAUCCAGCUCGGAAUCAUCAGCACCACCUUCUCCCAUUUUCGACACCAAACUAGACACAUUCGGCUUGAAGCGCAGACUUUCAACAUCGACUAUCUCAUCCGCUGUCAGCUCUAUUCCUCCGAUGGACCUCAAAGGACGAACAUUUGUGGUAGAUGCUCGAACACAAGAGGAGAUUGAGCUGGACGAAUCCAAGUAUCCUUCACUCGAAGUGGAAGAUCAGGCAAAUAUCGUUCAGAAAUACCGUCAACUCAACGAGCGCAUUCGUGCGGCUGGGCUUUACAAUUGCAACUACAGCGCAUAUGCCAUUGAAAUUAGUCGAUACUCUCUCUUCUUUGGUCUCUUCCUGUUUUUCUUGAAGAACUCUUGGUUCUGCUUGUCUGCCUUUUUCCUAGGCUGUUUUUGGCAUCAACUCGUUUUUUCUGCCCACGAUGCUGGCCAUAUGGGUAUCACUCACGAUUUCCAGACCGAUACUGUGAUUGGAAUGAUCAUUGCCGAUUACCUCGGUGGUCUGAGUCUUGGAUGGUGGAAGCGAAGCCACAACGUUCACCACAUUGUCACCAAUGCUCCAGAGCACGACCCCGACAUCGAACUUAUGCCUUUCUUCGCCCUUUCCCACCGCUUCUUCGGCAGUCUUUUCAGCACAUACCACAAUCGCGUCAUGGCUUACGAUGCCGUGGCAAAAUUCACUGUGAAAUACCAACAUUACAUGUAUUACCCGAUUCUCCUCUUCGGUCGCUUUAACCUCUACUUCUUGAGCUGGGAGCACAUUUACCUCGGUCUUGGUCCUCGACACGGCGCCGGUUGGUGGCACAGGUGGUUUGAAUUGGCCGGCCAAAUUUUCUUCUGGAUCUGGUUUGGCUAUGGCGUUGUCUGGCUCAGUAUUCCAUCCUGGUGGAGUCGUGUCGCCUUCGUCCUGAUCUCUCACAUGGUUACUGCGCCACUCCAUGUACAAAUCACUCUUUCACACUACGCUAUGUCCACAGCGGAUCUUGGUCCCCAGGAAUCUUUCCCUCAACGGAUGCUGCGCACAACUAUGGAUGUGGACUGCCCAGCUUGGUUGGACUUUUUCCACGGCGGACUUCAAUUCCAGGCCAUUCACCACUUGUACCCUCGCAUCCCUCGUCACAAUCUGCGCAAAACACAGCAGUUCGUUAAGGAAUUUUGUGAGGAUGUGAAGAUCCCUUAUGCUGUGUUUACUUUCUACGACGGUAACAAGGAAGUUAUCAGUCGGUUGGGUGAUAUCGCUAAGCAGGCGAGAAUCUUGCAGGAAUGUCAAAAGGCAUGCGCGGAACAGGGUGUUUUCGCUGAUCACCACCAUUCGCACUGA